AUGGGGCCCCAGCAUGGCACAGGGCCAGACCCACCCCCUCUUUGUCACUGGCCACAGACUGCGGGGGGAGGGGCUAGAGGAACUGGGGCACCUGCAUUUGGCCUGCAGGGAAUCUGGGUCCCGCUGGCUGUGGGUGACCACAGAGGGCCACGUGGGCAGGGUGCAUCCGUGGCCCCAGGCCAACCUCGUCAGAGUGGGAGGGGGAAGGGCCAGGAAGCCCCAGCCUGGACCAGGUACGGUGGGAACAGUCCACAUGGGAGGGGCCAGAACCGUCUAGAAGACCCUGGCGUACAGGUCUGCUGCAGCAGAGCCAGGAGGGCACGAGGGUGCCCACAUCCAGGGCAGAGGCACCAUGUGGUGCUCAGUCAGCGGUCAGGGUCAGGCCUGGUUGGUGGCACUGAGGACCCUGCAGGCUUGGCCCCACCUCCAGGAGCUGGGCUUCCUCCACAUGGCCACAGCAAAGGCAGGGACCAGAGCGGACCAGAAGUGUGGGGGCUGCACCCACCCUCUCCUUGCUGCUCCCCUCCCCCUUACCACCCCGUCCAACGAUGUCCACGCAGAUGGGAGGGUUGCGAGGGGCGUCCACACCUGGCCUGCAGUGGCUGCCCAGCUUCCUGCUAGGGAGAUGGGGCCGGUGCUGAUGGGGAACAGCUGUUGUGGGGGCAGCCAGAGGAAACCACGUUCCCGUGGGGCCGUGCGCCGUUUCUCCUGGAAUAACUGGAGGUGAUUCAUGGAACCUGGAGGUUGGGCUUCAGGCUGGCGGGAGCGGCUCCGGACUGGGUCUUCUCCAUGGCUCUGCUCCCCGCUCUCCUUGCUUGAGUGGUGGGGGCCCUGCGUCCUCUCAUGCCCAACCCCACCUUUCUCGCCAAAUUGUUGGAGGCUUUUGUCACCUGGAGACGCCGUUCCUGCCAGCUCCGGCCCCUUCUCCUGCGAUGACGUUGCCCUGUCUUUGCUGCGCCGAGACCAUGUUCCAGCCAGGCCAGGCCCUGACCAAGGGCUAACCACAGAAUGCACGUGGCAACACCGGCCACGUCUCACAUGUGGUCUUGGAAAACAUGGUCUCCUCUCCUGCCCCGGCCCCUCCUGCCAGCUGGACGUGGGCAUUUAUGCACCCAGUGGAACCCCGCAGCCAGGAAACAUGCCUGGAAAGCUAGAGGAGAGGCGUGAUGGGGGGGACCCCACAUGUGGCGACAGAGCAGCACACCCAGCUAUUCUCAGCCACCAUGUGGGAGAGAAAUGACGCCUCCGUGGAGCUCCCCAUGGCCGGAGCUGCUCCACACCGCAUCCUAACCUUCACCCCAACUACUCAGUUGCCAAAGGGAAUAUUUUGACUCCCUUGUUUUUAAUUUCCAGGUGAUUAUUGCUAGAGGAGUGGGAAGUUACUAAUUUUUGUAUAUUUAUCUUGUAUUAAAUUUUUUUACUGAUUUUUAAUUUUAAGAUUUUUUGAGAUGGAGUUUCACUCUUCUGGCCUAGGCUGGAGUGUAGUGGUGUGAUUUCGGCUUGCUGCAACCUCCGCCCAUGGGUUCAAGCGAUUCUCGUGCCUCAGACCCCCGAGUAGCUGGGAUUACAGGCGUGCACCACCACGCCUGGCUAAUUUUGUUUUUAGUAGAGACAGGGUUUCACUAUGUUGGUCAGGCUUGUCUCAAACUCCUGACCUCAGGUGAUCCGCCGGGAUUACAGGCGUGAGCCACUGCGCCUGGCCUGAUUUUUAAUUUUUAAAUGAGGGGGCAGAGGCAUAGCUAGGUUUACAAUCAUGUCAUCAACAAAAUAAAUUGUCUUAUUUUUUAUGAUGUUUGUGCCAUUUAUUUGUUUUUUUAUUAAGUUUGCCAGAACCUUCGAGAAAAUGCUGGACAAUUAUGACAGCAGCAGGCUCCACGAGUCGACCCUGGAUUUGUGACAUUUGUGUUUUCCACGUAUAACGAUCUUGGCCACUAUUGUGGACAGAGACUUUUGCG